UUGCCAGGUGAAUAAUCAAGAUACCUACUGAUUACUCGUAACGUGAAAACAAAUGCUGGGUACCGAAAUGUCAACAGAAUAACAAAACAACCCAACACUACAAAAUACCUCAAAAUACUCCCACAUCACAACACAACACAACGCAACCACAUAACCAAAAAUUCCGAAUACCUCAAGCAACAUCAACAACACCAAAGCCAUAUCAAAAUCGCGAUUGAAAGUAUGGGCAAUGAUAAACCGAGUCAUCGCCCGCGCCCUCCUCCAGCGCCUGGCUCUUUACGCGCUAUACUACUCAAAAAUUGCACCACUCGACUCUUCAUCCAUCCGUUUGAAUGGACUGCCGACCACCUCCGUGCUUUUGGCGUCGAACUUGUUACAUCUGCUAGUCUAUGGGAGCCAGUCGCAGAGGACAUUGAAUCACAGGUCGUUGGGAGCAAAACAAUAAAAAAAGCAAUAAAGGAUAUAAAUAGCAGUAAAUUGCUAUGGAGAGAUAAAGCAACUCGAAAGCUAGUGAUAGAUAUAGCAGAAGUACAAAAUCUGCAACUGGGAUGGGAAAGACUACAUUUCAUGUAUGAGAAUCAGGAUAUUGUUAAACUCCAUGACGUUUUGAUCGCCCGAGCUCAAUCUACAUCUGAGAUUGAUUCAAGACUUCCAAUCUGGGCAUACACUGAUCAUAAGAGCACAUCUGCCACACGACGGAAAUGGUAUGAUUCUAGAAAGAAACCAUGGUCUUUUGUUUUGAAGGAAAUCAAACGCAAAGCAGAGCUUCCUAUUGAUCCUGUUUACAUCGCCAUUCUGAUCGCUCUAGCCCAGCAAAGAAGGAGAUUUAUUCCACAAGGACCAACAUCGCAUCGGGUAUGCUAAUCUUUUCCAAAUAAUACAUAGCGCUAAUCAAUCAUAACAGGUCACUCUUUUCGCCCCUAUACAUGAAUCAAUAGUGAUAUCUAGUGCUCAUCCAAGAAGCACCCCAUCUUUGACAUCAGUAUUGGCCGGGAGGCAGGAGAUAAUAUCGAAGAUUGUACAAUACACGGCGGACAUUUCAACUACAUACUUGCAGAAGUUCGAGGAUCCUUACAAGUUCCAUGAUGCUAGCCUCCGCAUUGAGAGAAAGAUACUACCGAUUAAUGAAGUUUCUAUGUUCUUUCAAAGUAUACAAUCUGCCUUUAACGAUCUUGAUACGUACCCGAAAUUCCUUUCUGAGGGUUCUAUGUCGAAACGCAAAGCACUUGAGGAGUUGCAUCCCAAUACGAACGAUCAAAAGCUGGAAAGCAAGCGGAGGAAAGUUUGUAGUGUAUGAGACAGGGUAGAUAGAUCAAGAGAUUGAUAUCGCAAGGUCGAAUCAAAUCAUUAUAGCGAAUACUAGUUUUACAUCAGAAGUUAAUUAGCGAUUAAUAAUUAUUAGUAAUUUAUGCGAUGCCGAACAGAUGAAAGUAUACAGAUAUAUCGGUAUUGCACUGGCGGAA